UCGUCCCGCCGCUCCGCCCGCGCCCGCGCCCGCGCCCGAGUCCUCCCGCGCCCCGCUCCGGUCUGCGGCGCCGCCGGAACCCAGCACCAUGUCGCUGUCGCGCUCGGAGGAGAUGCACCGGCUCACGGAAAAUGUCUACAAGACCAUCAUGGAACAGUUCAACCCCAGCCUGAGGAAUUUCAUUGCCAUGGGCAAGAACUACGAAAAGGCUCUGGCAGGUGUGACCUACGCAGCCAAGGGCUACUUCGAUGCGCUGGUGAAGAUGGGGGAACUGGCCAGUGAGAGUCAAGGCUCCAAGGAACUUGGAGAUGUGCUAUUCCAGAUGGCCGAGGUUCACCGGCAGAUUCAGAACCAGCUGGAAGAGAUGCUGAAGUCGUUCCACGCAGAGCUGCUCACACAGCUGGAGCAGAAGGUGGAGCUGGACUCCAGGUACCUGAGUGCUGCGCUGAAGAAGUACCAGACGGAGCAGAGGGGCAAAGGCGACGCCCUGGACAAGUGCCAAGCCGAGCUGAAGAAGCUGCGGAAGAAGAGCCAAGGGAGCAAGAACCCACAGAAGUACUCGGACAAGGAGCUUCAGUACAUUGACGCCAUCAGCAGCAAGCAGGGGGAGCUGGAGGGCUACGUGUCAGACGGGUACAAGACGGCCCUGACAGAGGAGCGCCGGCGCUUCUGUUUCCUGGUGGAGAAGCAGUGUGCUGUGGCCAAGAACUCGGCCGCCUACCACUCCAAGGGCAAGGAGCUGCUGGCCCAGAAGCUGCCGCUGUGGCAACAGGCCUGUGCGGACCCCAAUAAGAUCCCAGACCGAGCCACACAGCUGAUGCAGCACAUGUCCGGGAGCAACGGCUCCAUCCUGCCCAGCUCCCUGUCUGCCUCCAAGUCCAACCUACUCAUCUCAGACCCCAUCCCAGGGGCCAAGCCCCUGCCCGUGCCACCUGAGCUUGCCCCGUUUGUAGGGCGCCUGUCUGCCCAGGAUAAUGCGCCCACCAUGAACGGCGUCUCGGGCCCUGAUGCCGAGGACUACAGUCCUUGGAGCGAGCGCAAGGCUGCUUCCAAGGCCUCAGGCUCUGGACAGUCCCAGGGCAAGCUGAGCGACUCCUAUUCCAACACACUGCCCGUGCGCAAGAGCGUGACCCCGAAAAACAGCUAUGCCACCACAGAGAACAAGACACUACCACGCUCUAGCUCCAUGGCGGCUGGGCUGGAGCGCAACGGGCGCACGCGGGUCAAGGCCAUCUUCUCGCACGCGGCGGGUGACAACGGGACACUGCUCAGCUUCAAGGAGGGCGACCUCAUCACGCUGCUGGUGCCUGAAGCACGAGACGGCUGGCACUACGGCGAGAGCGAGAAGACCAAAAUGCGGGGCUGGUUCCCCUUCUCCUACACACGGGUCCUGGAUGGCGACGGCAGCGACCGGAUGCAUAUGAGUCUGCAGCAGGGCAAGAGCAGCAGCACUGGGAACCUUCUGGACAAGGACGACCUGGCACUACCACCCCCUGACUAUGGCUCGUCCGCACGCGCCUUCCCCACCCAGAGUGCUGGCACCUUCAAGCAGCGGCCCUACAGCGUGGCAGUGCCCGCCUUCGCACAGGGGCUGGAUGACUACGGGGCGCGGGCAGUGAGCAGCGGCAGCGGCACGCUGGUGUCCACGGUGUGAGCCCACAGGCUCUGCUGCCGGAAGAGCUGCACCCCUCCCUGCCUCCCUGCUCCCUGCUUUGGUCUCAGCACCCCACCCCCCACUGCCUUGCCCUCUGCCUUUUGGUUGGUGACCCCAGACUCUGGGAUCCACCAGGGUCCAUGGUGCUGCCCCACUCUGCCCCCCCCCCGCCAGGCCGGGCCCACCUCUGCCCCCCGCCUGUGUGCCAGGACCGCUGACCCUUCGCCAUGGCUCGCUGCGAGCCCGGCCUAGAGUUUGAAUAUAUAAAAAAAGAAAAAAAUCUUAAAAAUAAGACAAAACAGACAAAAAAAAAAAACAAAACACCCUCCAAACCCAGGAAAAAGCCUUUUCCUGCCCCUGCCCUGCAUGGCCCACUCGGCGCCCGGCGCCUCCCGAGGAAGCUGCUCUGGGGACGGAGGCCGCCGUGCCCAGCCCGAUGCCCGCUCAGGGUGGGCCGGCCGGGGGGCAUCAUUGCCCGCCACACACGGACAUUCCAAAGACUCGGACUCCCCCUCCCGGGUUCUGGGAAAUGGUUCCCGAGCCAGACUCCCGGGACCCAGCCGGGGUGCACACCAGGCGCAGCCCCGUCUCUCCGUCUGUCUGUCCCGGUGGCUUCAGAAAUAGGCACACGGGGCCCCAGGCUACUGGCUCAGCCUCGCCGCCCGCUGAGCCUGCCCGGGCCCUCCGCAGACAGGCCUCAUUUUCUACUGACGAGUGACCCGGCUAGCACAACCCCUAGGGGGUGUGGUUCUGCUCAGACAUAGUCCAGGGGGGCCGCACCCGGUGGCUGAAUGUAGACCCGCCCUGCAAACCUCGGACAAAGGCGCCAAGUGCCCGACUCACUCCUCUCUCCUCUCCUUUUUUUAAAAAACAAAAAAUCGGAAUUGUGCCCUGUUCUGCCAUUGUUUGAAUAAAAGUUUUAUUUAUUGCA